AUGGCGUCCCGAUUCUUUGCCGCCAGCGACAGCUCCUCGGACGAGUCCAGCGAGGAGGAGCUCUACUCCAACGACGAGGAGUCCGAACAGGAAGACAGCGACAAGGAUUCCGACGACGAGUCCGAUGACGAUGACUCUUCGGACUCUGGUUCAGAAACCGGUGCCAACCGCUUCUUGAAGGACGCCUCCAGUGACAGCGAGAGCGACGACGAGGAUGUGAACAAGGUGCUGAAGAGUGCCAAGGACAAGCGCUUCGACGAGUUGGAGGCGACGAUCAGGCUCAUUGAGAAUGCGCAGAAGAUCAACGACUGGGCUGUCAUUUCCGAACAGUUCGACAAGCUCAUCCGCCAGGUGCCAACUCUCACCAAGCAGAACGAUGGCAAGGUCCCCAAGCUGUACAUUCAGGCCGUUGCCGACCUCGAGACGGUUGUGGUCGAGACACACGAGAAGCAGAAGGUCACCCCCAAGAAGAUGAACGCUGUCAACGGUCGCGGGUUCAACGCUGUCCGUCAAAAGAUCAAGAAGCACAACCGCGACUUUGAGAAGGACAUCAACGCGUACCGGGAGAACAAGGAGGACUUUAUGCGCGAGGAGGAGGAGGUUACUCAGGCACCCAAGGAAAAGAAGAAGAAGAACAAGAUCCCUCAACUCGGCACCGAGGUCGUCGAGGAGGCAACUGACGAUGGCUUCAUCACAGUUGGAGCUGGUGGCAAGGCUGUCCUGUACACCGCUGAGGGUAUCCUCAAGCACUUGCGUGCGAUUGUCGAGCAGCGUGGUCGCAAGAACUCGGACAAGCUGGAGCACAUCCGGACACUGGAGAAGUUGUUCGACGUAGCCGUCAACGACUACCAAAAGGUCCGCGUUCUUUUGACUCUCAUCUCGACGCGCUUCGAUUUGACGUCUGGUACUGCCAGCCACAUGCACCAGGAGCAGUGGAAGCUUGCCGACCAAGAAUUCGGAAAGCUCCUCCAAAUCCUUGAGAACAGCAACGAAAUUGUUGUCAUUGAGAACGCCGAGGAAUGGGAGGACGACGACAAGCUACCCACCAUCACACCUGGCGAGAUCUUCCGUAUUCCAGGAAGCAUCGUCUCUUUCGUUGAGAGGCUCGACGACGAGCUCACUCGCUCGCUGCAGCACAUCGACCCACACACGUCAGAGUACAUUGAGCGGUUGACCGACGAGGCCCUGCUGUACGCUCAGCUCGUCCGCACCUUGGUAUACGUUGAGAGCAUGAAGAAGAACCCAAGCCUGGAACUUCCACAAGAUCCAUUGAACCGCAUUGUUAUGCGGAGAUUGGAACACGUCUACUUCAAGCCCUCGCAAGUCAUCACUAUCCUCGAGAACAAUGUUUGGAAGGCGAUCCCAGAGAACCUUGACUCUGAGAUCACCCCCCGCGCCAUCUCCAACGACACCGCCUCCCUCGUACAAACCCUAUGCACAUACUUGUUCCAGAACAGCGAGGGCAUCAUUCGUGCUCGCGCCAUGUUGUGCCAGAUCUACUUCUUGUCUCUGCACGACCAGUAUUACAAGGCUCGCGAUAUGAUGCUCAUGUCUCAUUUGCAAGAGACUAUCAGCAACUUCGACGUCAACACACAGAUCUUGUUCAACCGUGCAUUGGUCCAGGUCGGUCUCUGCGCUUUCCGCGCCGGUCUCGUCUACGAGGCGCAAACUUCGCUACAAGAGAUCUGCGGUAGCAACAGGCAGAAGGAGCUACUCGCACAAGGUCUGCAAAUGCAGCGAUACUCCCAGAUCUCGCCCGAGCAAGAGCGUCUCGAGCGUCAACGACAACUUCCCUUCCACAUGCACAUCAACCUUGAGCUGCUAGAGUGCGUCUACUUGACUUGCUCCAUGUUACUUGAGAUUCCUCUCCUCGCACAACUCGGCUCAUCACCAGACCUUAGGAAGCGGGUGAUUAGCAAGACCUACCGCCGUCUCUUAGAGUACCAUGAGCGCCAGAUCUUCACUGGCCCGCCUGAGAACACGCGUGAUCACGUCAUGCAAGCUUCGAAGGCACUCUCUGCUGGUGAAUGGAAAAAGGCAGCUGAGUUCAUCAACUCGAUUAAGAUCUGGGAGCUCAUGGCCGACGCGGAGAAGAUCAAGGACAUGCUGUCCUCGCAGAUCCAAGAGGAGGGUCUCCGCACAUACCUCUUCACAUAUGCACCCUUCUACGACACUCUCUCCAUCUCCACACUAGCGGGCAUGUUCGAGCUGUCAGAGCGCAAGGUUUCCGCGGUCGUCUCAAAGAUGAUCUCACACGAGGAGCUCGCUGCCGCUCUCGACCAGGUCAACUCGGCCAUCAUCUUCAGGAAGGGUGUUGAGUUGUCGAGACUCCAGACCCUCGCACUGAGCUUAUCAGACAAGGCAUCAGGCCUCAUCGAGUCGAACGAGAAGACGCUGGAGCAACGCACACAAGGUACCGCCAACGCCUUUGAGAGGCAAGGUGGACGCGGUAACCGCGGUGGCCGAGGAGGCGGCCGUGGCGGUGGUGGUCGUGGAGGAGGCGGACCAAGGGGUGGAAGGAAUCAGCAGUUCACUGGUGGUGCUUUGGGACGUGCCAUCCAGGCUUAG